AUGAUUUUGGGUAAAUUUAAACUCUCGUGUAAUGUUCCGUCGACUUUUAUAACGUCUGUAAGAUGUAUGUCAAUGGCUGAAACUGCAUCAGAUGUUCAACAUAGAAAUCCUUUUGCUAAAAAAGUUGAAGCUUUUCCAAAAGCUUUGUACGGAGGACGUCAUACAGUUACGUUAUUACCUGGUGGUGGUAUCGGACCCGAAUUGAUGGAAUAUGUUAAAAAAAUAUUUAAAGCAGCUGGAGCUCCUGUCGAUUUUGAAGAAGUUUUCAUUGAUCAAAAUAGCAAUUCAAAUGAAGAAUUAGAAUAUGCAAUUAUGUCUAUUCGCAGAAACGGUGUCGCUCUAAAAGGAAAUGUUGAAACUAGAUCAAUCGAAACAGGAGUUUCAUCUAGAAAUGUUGCUUUAAGAAAUGAGUUAGAUCUUUUUGUGAGCACAGUUCAUUGCAAAUCAUUUCCUGGAGUUCCAUCAAGGCAUAAAAACCUUGACAUUGUUAUUAUUAGGCAAAAUACAGAAGGUGAAUAUGCUAUGUUGGAACAUGAGAGUGUACCAGGAGUUGUUGAAAGCAUGAAAGUUGUUACUCUUCAAAAUUCAGAAAGAGUCGCAAGAUUUGCUUUUGAAUAUGCCAAAAAAGAAGGAAGAAAAAAAGUUACCACAAUUCAUAAAGCCAACAUAAUGAAAUUAUCAGAUGGUUUGUUUUUGGAAACUGCCAGAAGAAUUGCCAAAGAAUAUCCAGAUAUUCAACACAAUGACAUGAUCAUCGAUAAUUGUUGCAUGCAAUUAGUAUCAAAUCCUAAACAAUUUGAUGUCAUGAACAUGACAAAUUUAUAUGGGACAAUCGUUUCGAAUGUUGUUUGCGGAUUGGUAGGAGGUGCUGGACUCAUAUCAGGUGGUAAUUUUGGAGAUCACUAUGCAGUUUUCGAACCUGGAACGAGAAAUGCUGGUUCAGCGAUAGCUGGUAAAAAUAUUGCAAAUCCAGUAGCCAUGUUGAAUGCUGGCAUUGACAUGUUGGAAUAUUUAGGACAUACAAAACCGGCCAAAAAAAUAAGGAGAGCCAUUUUGAAAACAAUUAACAAUGAUAAAGUACGCACGCCUGAUUUAAAAGGUACAGCUAAAAGCACUGAUGUUGUUGAUAAGAUUAUUAUGAACUUAGACGAAACAUUAUAUGAUGAAAAAUAAGUGACUUGCCUUGGAACCUGCCCAAAAAAAGGUGUUCACACUUUCAUUAGUAAUUAAAAAAAA